AUGUCAGUUCUACUUGGAUAUGGCUCCUUCUUGGGCUAUACGAUCUUGGACGAUAGCUUGCGGAAGGCACUAACUCCAAAUGUGCCUCUAUCGUCAGCUCUAAAUCACUGGAGUAAAGGUAUUCCCUGGUCGAUGUAUAUCGAGAUGUGGUCUCUGGCUAUUGCGGAUGAUAUCCGCGUUGGUUCAGUGUUUCUCUUAGCUGCAUUGACAACCCCCCUAGCUGUAGCAAUGUUUUGCUACCAUAUGUACCUGAUAUGGGCGGGAAUGACUACCAACGAAAGUGCUAAGUGGUCAGACUGGCGCGAUGAUGUCGCCGAUGGUGUUGCUUUUAAAGCACAAUAUAGUCACAUUUAUGGAAACUUGUUUGAUGAUAUGGUUGAGCCUGAAGUUCCUUGGCCAAAGGAAAAUGACCAGACACUGGUCUUUACGGAUGGACACCCCCCAAAGGAAGGCCAUCUUUUGACAAGCGACCGCUUCUCGAUUAUACAGCCGGAUAAUCCCGAUGCCAAGGAUGAUCCAAGAUGGAAUAGAGUCCGAAGCAUGAAGGAAGUUGUGAAUAUCUAUGAUCGCGGCCUCUGGGUCAAUCUGUUUGAUUCUUUGGGGAUUGUGACCCAUCCUUCAGCAAAGCAUUACGCAUCUUGUACAUAA